AUGUCCUUCACCUCGAUCCCCAUCCUGGAUCUGGCGCUAGCUCAGGAUCCGGCGACAAAGCCCGAAUUCUUGUCCGAGCUGCGGCAUGCCUUGAUGGAGGUUGGGUUUCUCUACCUCAAGAAUGUGGGCAUAUCAGACGAGUUCUUCCAGGAGGUGAUCGAGGAGGGCAGGGCCUUCUUUGACAUACCCACGGAAGAGAAGCUCAAAAUUGAGAUGAAAAAUGCGCCCUCCUUCCUGGGCUACUCACGUCUCUCGGCCGAGGUCACAGCCGGCGCGAUCGAUCACCGCGAGCAGAUCGACCUCUCGACGGAGCACCCGGUGCCCGGCCCGGACGCGCCACGGUACUACAACCUGCUAGCGCCAAACCAGUGGCCGUCGCCGGAGGUGCUGCCCAAAUUCCGGCCCGUCUUCACCGAGUACAUGAACCGCAUGGGCGCCAUCUCCAUUUACUUCACCAGCCUGAUCGCCGAGGCCAUCGAGCUCCCAAGCGGUGCCUUCAACAAGUAUUUUGACGCCAAUCAGCAGCACAAACUCAAGAUCGUCAAAUACCCCGACGUCGGCGAGCUGGGCUCGGAGGGCAAGGGCGGGAACCAAGGGGUCGGGCCGCAUAAGGAUAGCACCUCCCCGCACCGCGGCCUGCAAGUCCAAAACAUGCGCGGCGCCUGGAUCGACUGCCCGCCCAUCCCCGGCACCUUAGUAGUAGCCAUCGGCCAGGGGCUGGAGGCGCUAACGCGCGGGGUGUGCGUGAGCACGACGCACCGGGUGCUGUCGCCGGCGCCGGCGGGCGCGGGCGCGCGCUUCUCCAUCCCCUUCUUCCAGGGCGUCAGCGGCGACGCCCGCUUCGCCGACCUCGAGUCCGUCGGCGUCGGCGCCGUCCCCGACCGCGUCCGCGCCCAGCGCGAGGAGGUGCUGAGUGCGGUGGGCGGGAGGUUGGAUGAUGUGGAGUUUACGUUUCGCGGCGGCGGGGCGUCGGAGACGUUGGGCGAGGCUACGCUGCGGAAUCGCGUCAAGAGUCAUCCCGAUGUGGGUGAGAGGUGGUAUCCGGAUCUUUUGGAGAGUGUGAGGGAGGAGCAGCGGAAGGCGGCUGCUGCUGCUGCUGUUGCUGGGUGA